AUGCUGAUAGAGACGUCCUCCUUAAAAAUCCUCAAUCUCUCGCGAAUUAGAGAGGACCAACACAAAAGGCGGAGCUCCAAACUGAGUCGGAAAUCACCCGGACGUAAACUAGGUUCUGACCACAACUUGCGUCGUGAAAGUCCUGAUAGAGCAACCACAAUGGUAAACAAACAUCUGCGUGAUCACCUUAUGCAUUCGAUGUUGGAACUAGCACAUCAACCUCAUUUAAUCCCAAGUUUUAAUCACAUUUGUGUAAGUCAUAAACGACAGAUUCAGCUCGAGUUCCAGUAUUUGUCAUUCGAGGAUCGUUGGAGGACAGAGAAGUUGGUUGUACCUGUUGAAAUUGAGCGGGUGCCAUUUGCACCGAAACUGGUUGGUUCUGUGAAGGAGCCGGGGAAAUGGGAACAGGCUGCUGUGGUUGACGAGGUCGGAGUCCCACGACGUUGUUUGCAGAAGCCAAACGGACCACAGGUGUGGGUCGUGGAGCGAUCCGGAUCAGGCCAGUGUUGGUUCCCGGCGACAUUGUUGCAACAAGCCUAG